UCCGCGGCCGGUGCCAUGCGAAGACAGGAGGUGCCCGCAUCUUACCGGGAGCUGAGUGGAGACGUGGAGCAAGUAUAUGGAAACCCGACAGAGGAGGGAGAAGGAGAGAUGGAAGAUCAUGAAGAUACCGGCUCUGUUAUUUUACCAGAUGGUGAACUGGGUCCUAGUGUCCCCUACUUGCGUUUCAGCAAGACCUGCCUAAAGAAUGUUUUUUCAGUAAUUCUCCUGUUCAUUUAUCUGCUGCUUAUGGCUGUAGCUGUGUUCCUUGUCUACCAAACCAUCGCUGACUUCAGGGAGAAGCUCAAGCACCCAGUGAUGUCCGUCUCUUACAAGGAAGUGUCCUUGUAUGAUGCACCUGGUAUUGCCUUUUACCCAGGCAAGGCUCGGCUGCUUAGCUGCAAGCAUCAUUACUAUGACCACAUUCCACCUCUGGUAAACCCCGGUCAGCCAGGAGACAUCGAGUGCACCACUCAGAGAAUCAACUACACAGACCCUUUUACCAACCAAACCAUGAAAUAUGCUUUGGUUGUUCAAGGCCCUCGAGAUGUGAAGAAAAAGGAGCUGGUGUUUUUGCAGUUUCAUUUGAAUGGGACAGACCAAGACUUCAGUGCAAUUGACUACCUACUGUUUUCUUCCUUCCAGGACUUCRUCAACAGUCCAGAAAAAGCAGAAUUCAUGAAGGACUGUGAAAGCUCAUACUCCAGCUGGAAGUUUUCCGGAGGAUUUCGAACUUGGGUGAAGAUGUCCCUGGUGAAAACCAAAGAAGAAGAUGGUAGCGAGACUGUGGAAUUCAAGCAAGAGACUAGCGUGGUUAACUAUAUUGACCAGAGAACUAAACCCAGAAGCGACCAGCUGUUUUUUGUGGUAUUUGAGUGGAAAGAUCCCUUCAUCCAGACUGUUCAAGAUAUAAUCACAGCAAAUCCUUGGAACAUGAUUGCGCUGCUCUGUGGUAUCUUUUUGGCUCUGUUUAAGGCAGCAGACUUUGCUAAGUUAAGUGUUAAGUGGAUGAUCAAAAUCCGCAAGAGACAUCUGAAGAGAAGUCAAGCAAUGAACCACAUAAGCUGAGAAUGAGUGCCUCAAGCUGAGACUAAAAGACUGCCUUUUAAGUAUUCAUAGCAGAAGGAAUAGAACAUAACUGGAACAAACGUCAAUCGGCAACUACAGCUGUAAACCAGGUAUCUUUUCCGCAGAACACUCCUCGGCCGAGCAAACUGACACUUCAUCUUCCAAAGGGAGCUAACCCUCGGCCACGUCUAACCAACUCACGCUAUUUUAACUCAAAUCUAAUCCACUUACCUCGAUGCCUGGUGUGUGAGGGAGCGGGAAUUCACUGGUGUUCRGCAGGUCAGUGCUGCAGGGGCUGAGCUCUGUCACUGCGCGGGGUUUGAACUUGUCUCAGCCAGGAGAGCGCCUARCGCGGCGCGAGCCCCGCGCUCCUGCCGCCCCUCCCCAGCUGAGCUCAGAUACACUGGAGUCCUGGUG